AUGAACUUCUUCCCGAUAACCUUGCGCAAUACGAUGAAGUUGGUUAUCCCUAGCAGUUUGGGUAUCAUGAAUCGUGCGAAGGCCUCAGAAGCUCUACUGGUUAUGCAAAGUAUCGCUAGAAACUUACAGGAGACGAAUGUGGUACAGAAAACACCGGUGAGUAUACUUCGUGCAUUCUACACUGUAUUUGAGAAGCUUCCUCAAUGCAAUAGAACUGCUGACGAAUUAUUUCGUGUCUAUCGUGGUACGACUGGGAGCUCGGGCUUAGGAAAGUCCUACGCUGGUAUUCUGAAAGGCUUGUUCGAGGAUCGGUGCUACGUGGAUAUUGAUGUCCUGUCACAUAUUGCGGAGAUGGAGGCUCAAAUACGAGUUUUUGAUCAGCGGAGUGUUAUCUCAACACCAUUCUCAUGGGAAGUCCUCAAUGCCAUUUUCCGCCAUGAUUGGUCACGCAGCCUGAAGGCGAGCGAUUUGGAGCAGGGCAGUAAAGCUGCCAAUAUGAUAUCCUACAGCAACAAGUUCUUCGACCCCAGAUCAUGCGGAGACGUUAUGAGGAGCCACGCCAUGCUCGGUAAAGAGUCCUUGCUGUUAGACGA